AUGCAUUUCUCCAACGCUGCAGCCUUGCUUGCAUUCUCUACCAUCAGCGUUUAUGCCGCUCCUUUCGCCAACCCGCAAGACGAACUCGACCGUCGUCAGAUUGCCUACCAAGUAGUCAAUGUCGAUGGUGACUCUAACGGCUCUGCCGUUCCUGAGGUUGAGACUGUGACCAAGACUGCCACUGUCGCCGGCGCUUCUGCUGCGCCUCAAACCGUCACAGUCACUGCCACUCCAUCUCUCACACCCUACUCUUCUCUGCCCUCUAGCUCUGCUAUUUCGCACCUGGCUCCUCCUCCUGGUGGAUCUUUUAUGCCUGCCAAGAGCAAUGGCUUCUUCCGCCGUGGCCUGAGCGCCGCUGGAAACCCGGUUCAAUUUGCACAGAACUAUAUUCCAUCUUCCAGUUCUGCCUGGCCUAAUGCUCACACCUCUCUGGCUGUCCGACACGCCGAUGGUUGGUAUGCUCCGUCUUACACACCCUCUUUCACUCCCUCGGCCACACCAUCGGCCUCUCCUCUGGUUGCUCGCCAGUUCGGUAGUUGGGUCCCCAGCGCUCCGGUACCUUCUUCCCCAAGCGCUGUGCCCACUCCCUCCCCCUCUGGCUCUUUGGUAGCUCGGCAAUUUGGCAGCUGGAGCCCUAGCUCUGUCCCCGUUCCGUCUGGCACUCCCAGCGUGAGCCCUUCCGCACAUGUGUAUGCUCGAGGCUACCGCGCCGCUCCUUGGGGCACUCCCUCUUACACUCCCCCUGCCUUCCCCUCUUUCACUUCCUCGCCUACACCAUUGGCCUCUUUGGUUGCUCCUCGUCAGUUCGGUGGCUGGGCCCCUAGCGCUCCGGUGCCUUCCUCCUCAAGCGCUGUGCCCACUCCCUCUGGCACUCCUGUCGCGCCCACCUCUUUCCCGGUCAAGCGCAACUUUGAGAGCCACUCUACUCCCUCCAGCGCUCCGGCACCCACACCUAGCGCCAGCUUUUCCAUUCCUCAUUCUUCUGCUCUGCUUUACUAA